UAAGGUUUGCACCACACUAUUUAGUGUUCGUUACACCAAUCUAUUCUCGACUGAUCUUAUCGCUCCCGAUACGAUGGCGAUGCUGAACGUGAGCGCGCUGAUCACGGGCUACGACACGGUGGGGGACCACACCGAGUUCAUCGUGGAGAUCUCGUGCAACGGUGGCUUAUGGAGAAUUUCGCGGCGCUUUAGCGACUUCGACCAGCUACAUUCGCGCCUGGUACGGCGCUUCGGAGACCUCAUCGAGGUGUCGCUGCCAGAAAAGCAGUGGUUUGGUCGGUAUGUGCUUAUUUAUGUGGGUUCGAGCGACGUGAAAUUCAAUGAUGAGAAGAAGACUCUACGAGUCUGUUGAACAGCAGCACGUCACGGAAUGAAAAGAAUGGGGAGAAGACUUGGAUUGGAUGGAGACUCUUUGCUGCUGUCUGCUUUGUAUUGAACUCCCUUGUCAACUGUCGACGCGUUGUGUGGCUCGUGGGGUCUCUAAUGUUGAAAAGGAAGCGAGGAGACUUGGUACAAGUCGAGGACUGUAAAAAUCACUUGAUCUUAUCUGAUUAAGAGAUGGACCCGAGCUUCAAGUGUGGACAGUUGAUGAGGUUGCAGUUCCAGAGUUGACGAUGCAGACUGAGAUCUUUACCUAGCUCUAGAGAUAUUUUCUCUCUUCCUUUCGUUCUUCUCCCCCGUGCUGCUGGGUUUUCAACGCGUUGGUUGCUCUGAGAAUGCCACAACGCGCAGAAGAAUUAACCCGGAAGCUCUUAGUCUCAUAUACUGACACAUUUGUGUUUAAUGUGGUUCAGAUUCGACCCCAACUUCCUAAUCAAGCGGCAGGCGAGUCUACAGGAGUACCUCGAUGGACUUCUGCAGGUGCCCGGUAUAUUGGACGAUGCGUCGUUGCAGCAUUUUCUGGAGCUGGAGAAGCAUCUGGAUCUGCACAGUGAGUUGGGCUUGGGUGGUACGGGCAGCAAUGGCCGAUCCAGCGGUAUGUGGUCCGGUAAAGGUGUGUUGAGUGAGAACGACCGACUCAGUGGAAUCGUGGAGAGUGCGGCGCAAGCUUUCAUCGACAUCAGUGAAGUACCCGAACCGCUGGAAGCGGAGCAAGCUGUGCAACGCAAGAACGAGAUCGUGACGGCAUCGCAGAGUCUGCUGAACGAGCGGAAGUUGGGAGAACAGUUCACAGCGCAACUCACGACGCUGCGUCUUCCGCGCGUUCAGGCGCAGACAUCGAACGAGGAAUUACUGUCGCGACUUGACGGGGACAAUGAGGAUGGCAUGACGUACGAGCAAGAACAGGAAUUUCUCAAUGGGAUCCUGGAAACCUUGGAGGCUUCGCUUCACUUGGAGAUCACACCGCCCUCGGUCGACUUAUUAGCUGUCAUGACUGUAUCGACAACGAUGGAGACGCCUGCUAUCGGAUCGAACGGCUCUGUGCCGAAUGGAAAUGGUGCACUUGAAGCUGGAUCACUGGACGACAGAAGCAGCAUUGGCAACGGCUCCUUCAGUUGAACUUUAUAGUCAACCAUCUCUUCAUCAACGAGUCUAACUGGGUCGUUUUUACUAAUGUAAUGAACGGACUUACUCUCUUGGUGACUGUGUAGGCUGGGUAAGGCUCUCCCGUUCUUCUUGUGCUCGGCUAGGAGACAAGACUUGACUGUAGUCGCGAAGUUUCUUGUCCAACUGCCCCUGCAAUUCUUGAUGCUGAGAUCGACGCGUCACCAACUCCGCAGCGUCCUGAAUGGUGCUGCUGUGACUAGUUUCGUUUAUUGCAGGUAAGACUGGAGUGCGUGGGAGAUUGACGUUGUCAGCCACGUCGUCAUACGGGAGCAAGAGUUCGUCGUCACUAUAUCCUGCGUCUUCACUCUGCAAACUAUACUCGAGCUGCUCGUUGCGCACCACUUGCAACUGUGACGUGUUUUGAAUCAGUUGCCUCCCAAUGAGUUGCAUCAUCUGGUCAAGUUCUGCCAGUUUGCGUCCGACAACGUGUUGGUGCUGCUUCAACUUGCGCUGUUCUCGAUCUUUAGCAAGUUCCAAUGCCUUUAAAGCGUUGGCAAUCGUCAGUUGGAUUUCCUCUGUGAAAUGAUGACGCAGUUUCUCGAGCUCUUGAUUCUCUCGAUCAAGUACACGACGAUCAAGGUUCUCGACCGCAGCAUUGAUGUCGUCUAGCGUUUGUUGGUCUCGCUUACUUAAACUUGUCGCGAUCUCUUCUUGCUGCACUCGAAUCCUCUCCAAAACUGCUUCCUGGGUGCGAAACUGGUAGUCGAUUUGGCCGUGAGCCUCACUGCAUUGGAGAGCAAUCUCUUCUCGAUCCGCAACAAGCGUCUCACGAACCUUCUUGUCAAUCUCCACUUGGAAAUCGUCCAUUCUUCUCUGCUGGGCUUCAAGAGCGUCACAACAGAGCUUAAUCUGAAUACCUAGUGAUCCCAUAGCCUCUCCUUGCUUCUGAAUCUCGUGAUCGAACAGCGUUUGCACAUUUUCAAGCGUGCUCUCUUGUAUCUUCCCAGCCCAAUUCUCCAUCUCUGAAUGGAAAUGCGUU